AUGGGAUGUGGCACUUCUAUUACGACGAGGCGGGUGAACAAAUCAGAAAGAGGUAAAUAACCUGUGUGUGGUCUUUCCAUUCUCUGAUGUGAUACUUAAACAAACUUAUUGUCUGCAUUAAUUUUGAAGAUACUGAUUGUAGAUUGGACCAUCCCAGGUGGUUCUGCUGGACUGGUAGGCUAGAGGACACACUAUGAAGAAGACUCAAGGUGUUGAGAUAAUAUAGCCAUCAGUUCUCUGUUUAAAGAACCUCUCCCUACCUGAUUCCCCUCCAUAUGGUUUUAACUGCAAUUCCUUUCAACCUCUGCCAGCAUAUAUCUACUUGCUGGAACUGAUGAGAGUUUAGUCAAAACCAUAUGGGACCAGGCUGCUUUAAAGCAUCAAACCUUGGUGCCUAUUUUGAGAGUCUUGGUGCAAAAGGGCACAAUGUAUAUCAACAUCUCUUAGUGCUCUCCCAAAUGUUUGGCCAGGGUGUUUCUUACUAUCUUGACAAGAAAGGUUUGAUUAAGAGAAACUUCACAUGGUACGUUUCCAGUGUUAAAAUGGGCUCUGUUGUGACAUGCAGGGGAGGUUUGAGAAGACUUGAAGGUUUAAGAGACCAGCAAACUGUAGUUUUAUAUUUUCAAUGCUUUUCUUAGUGUAUGGAACUCAUUCUCCUAGAACUCCUUCUCAACUGCCAGUCCAAUGCAUAUAAAGCCUGGAAUUCUUGCAAUUACUGUAAGGGCAUUCAGGAAUACCCAACAAGUUGUUUGGGCAUCUGACUACUAGCCAGGAUCUGAAUAUCUUUGGGGCAAUUAUCUCCCUCUAAAUUAGACUCAACAGGGGUUCACGAAAAGAGGAAAAGAAAAGCAACCACUUACCAAUUUCAGGGUGCAAAAAUGAUAGAGUGCCUUUUAGAAGCAUCAUUUCCAAUGAGCUAUUGUUGGGGGUGGGGAUGGAACCUAGGAAAACUGCCACCACAUGCAAGGGCAGCAAAACAAAAGCUCGUGGUUUUGUUUGUUUUAAACAGCCACUACCUAUAAUGUCCCAUCAUCAAUAGUCAUUGAGAAAAGGUUGGUGUAUCUUUCAAUUUAUCAUUUAUGUUUGAGAAAGUCUGGGUUGAAUUCGGGAUGAGAAAUAAAAAGGAAAGGAAAAUUCUCCACUGUGAAAUUGACCUUGGCUGAGAACUCCAUGCCAUUACUCAUAGGUUUUAUUCUAGUCUGCCAUCAGCAUCUAUUGUUUUGGUUUCCCCCAUCAAAACAGAUUCCCCCUCUGGAUACCGUUGCUUAAAAUCUCACCAGGAGACAGAUAUUUGUACCUUGUGUAGAACACAAAAGCAAGUCUUUGUGGAAGGAAGACAAAGUGAUGCAUAGAAUUGGAUUUCAGGGCCUGUCUUAGACUCAGCUAGGCCUGAAGUGACAAACACAGAUUUCAAUUCCGUUUCUCAGCCAUCAGAUGGAUUGGAACCACACUCGCAACUUAUCAUGGUUUACGUCAAGUCAACAUCAGUCAUCUAUAUCAGUCCUGUUUCAGUUCAGCAAUGCCAUCUCUCUCAUACACUUUCCUGUAUCUCUUCUGCAACAUCUAUUUGCUUCUUCUGCCAUAGCAAAUAGAUUCUGGAAAUAUUGACUGUUCCUUUCGGGAAUAGCCUUGACUGAUGUCAUUGAUUCUAAGUCUCUAGAGUUUCAAUUAAUUGUCUUAAUAACAAAGCAACACUUCUACCUGAGUGAGAAUUGCAAUAAUCAAAUCAGGAGCUGUGAUCAGUGUGAUGUUCCUGUGCCAGGACUCGCAUCGUAAAGGCAGGCUACUACUUGUUUAAUAUCAUAUGAUCUAUGAAUCUCUCAGUACCUUAUUUUGGACCAUAUAGCAAUCACUUGCACACAGUUUGCCUGGAGCUGAGUCUAACUGAUGUGCAGUUCUUAGGCACUAAUAUGGUGGUGCUAUUAAAAUACUAUCAAUGCUUAUUUUAUAGGUAAACAAAUGUUUUAAAUUUUGAAAAACCCAAAAAUAAUUAUCUACAACAAUUUUUUUGACAAAUUGUACUCAGAAGUUUCUGCAUAAAAUAGUAUUUUACAACUGUGUGCCUACUGUAUAAUAACAUUCAUUUUUCUAUUGUAAAAAACUUGCAUUAGUAAAUAAUAAUGCAAGCACUAUUUGCUUUAUGACCUCAUAAUGCCCUUCCCAUUGUUUCAUGCAAGUUGCUAUGACCCAAAUACUUGGGAUUUAGCAAAACUGGUACUCCGGGGCACACAUUGAAACAGAUUUUGAGCUGCUGUGCAUCACCUGAGACUUUAACCUACCGUACAUUUGUUUAUAUCGAAUGAUAUUUUGUGUGUGUGAGCUUGAAAAAUGUGUUUAAGAUAUUGACCCAUGUGACUUUCAUAGGCUUCUUGGCCUCAGAAGCUUUGGAAUUUAUUGUACAGCUGGCAAUGUUUUUGAGCUGUACAGCAAUGCUUCCUAAGACAAUCCUAGCUUUGUAUCCCCUCCUAAACCUUCCCAGUAUUGCCCCAUCUCAGGUGCAUUAAGGGAGGAGGAGCAUGCGUUAAUUUAGACAUCUGGAUACAAAUUUAGAAAUAAUUACUUCAAUUGAAAAAGAAACACACAGUGAGAAAAAAACUUCCCAGGUGGCCCUGUGUGCCUGACCAUCUGCUCUCCAGAUGCUAACAGCUGAUGAACAACUUCAGCUCUCCCUUCUUUUGCCUUAAACUGGACCAGACAGCCCUUCAGAGAAGAGGACUCUCAGGAAAGUAAGAAGAAACCUGCCUAAACCAAGAGUGGUAUGGUCCAUCAUGCUGUUCCCAUGGUGGCCAACCGGGUGACUGGAAAGCUUGUAAGCAGAGCAUGGGCACAUCAGCACUCUCCUGACCUGGCUGGGACACAUGGAGAGCACCAGGCUGCAGAAGGUGUCUCUGCCAUGAGAUUAUCUCAAACUUUAAAUGCAGGAGUGCUGGUAGGGUUAAAAGGGGAGCCAUGAUUAGCCUUCUGCGUUUUAGAGCAGGAUUCACACACAGCAUUUUAGAACCAAAGAUCCAGAGAUCUGAAUAACUAGUUGUGGACAGUUAAUCUUCUCUUUCUGGCCCCUUCAUGUCUUGGCAGCCAUUAAAGCAGCUGUCCUGAUUCAAAGGUGGUAUCGCUCUUACAUGGCCCGGCUGGAGAUGAGGCGGAGAUAUGCCCUGAGUAUCUUUCAGUCAAUUGAAUAUGCAGAAGAACAAGCACAGCUACAGGUUUGUACUCUGUGGAUUUUUCUUUGACGCAAACUGUUAGUGAGGUAGAACAUGCCGGCUUUUCAGAUUAUAUUCAUCACGGAUAAUGUAGCUUGUAAAUUUUUAUUCCCUCUCACGGUUGAUGCUUAAGUUUUAAGAAGAUAAUAUAAUAUAAUUAGUACCAUGCCAUUCAUUUUUUGAAGCUGGUUAGUAUCAGGCACAUCUACAAACUGCAAAACAUUAUUUUCAUUUAUAUCAGGCCUUUUUUAAUAAAAAAAAAUAAUGCUAAUUUUGAAUUGUGACACAAGCAAAGUAAUGCACGUUAUCAUCUAAAGACACAUACACACCCACCCCUGGUAAGACCCUUAAAUUUAGAGCCGGCUUUGCUCAACUGUGUCACUGUCCCUGUCAAUGGAGAUAUAAGAGGCUUGAGAUUUUGCCAGGGUUGUUACUGUGUAGAUGGAGCCAGCGUGCUUAUUUCAAAUAAGGGGAAGACAAAGUAAUAUAAUCAUUUCUGCUUGUAAACUAACUGAUGUCUUUUCUUAUUCAGCUAUCUAAGUUUUUCACAUUCAUGCUGGACCAUUUUACUAAGGCCAAUGAAACUCAUCCAGGUAAGGAUUGACUGAAUAUGUUUUCAGAGCAGUUACAUGUGCGUAUCUUGUAAAAAAAAAUGGUGUGUGUGUGUGUGUGCGCGCGCGCCAGUGCAGCCAAGAGCAUAUAUGUGUGGAACUACUUAUCUUUGCACAUGUACCUGUAGCUAGUUGAGGAACUGUAUGUUUCUCAAAUCAGAAAAACCUGCAUCUGUGUAGCAAAUGCAAUAGCAGUCAAAUGGUCAAUAUGACUGUGCAGAUGCAGCAGAAGUGGCGUGGACAAUACCAGGAUACAAUGUAAAAGAAAAGAAAAGCAUUUCGAACUAGUUAUGGAUAAGUAGAAAGACUAGGAAAACAGUUUAGGAAGGGGGGUCCUAUGCAAUUAAUGUUUGCUCAGGAAUCCGGGAUCAAUAUAAACCAGGGGUAGUCCACCUGGUCCCUACUGCCCACUAGUGGGCAUUUCAGGAUUCCAGGUGGGCCGUAGGGGCUUCUACGACACAUAUUACUGCAGCACUGGUGGGUAUUAAGGAAAUUUCCCCAUCAAGAAAAAUGCAUUAGUGGGCGGUAGGUAUAAAAAGAUUGACUACGCCUGAUAUAAACAAUUAUUUCUCUCCAUCUAAAACUUUUUCUUUUUUUUUUAAGAAUAUUUUUUUAUUAACCGACCAAUCACAUCAAAUCAAACCAAAUUACAUAAAUUCCAAAUUACACAGCCGAAUUUUAAAUUUUUGUUGGGGGUACCCAUAUUUCAAGUUCGGAAGGGGAUCCAAUCAACUUCUUGCUUCUUGCUGCUGUUUUAAUGUCCACAAAUCUAACCUUAUGAUGUUCACAGUACUAUCCAGUCCUUUCUUAUUGUUUUUCCACAUCUCUUGUUGUUAUUUUCAUAUAUUUUUCCUUUCUCUUUGUGACCUCUGAUAGUCUCCACAAGCUGGUUAGAACAGUUUGUAAUCCUGCGUGGAUAUUAUUUUUUUUAUCCAGUAGCCAUAUCCAGACGUUUUCCAUAUAACAUCACUUCCAUACAUCAAAACAGUCUUAGCGUCAUUAAUCUUCACCAAUCUGCCUCCUUUCUCAAAACCUCUGAGGAGAUUCACCAGGAAUGCAGUCUGAAAACAAGUCCGUUCUUCCUCCCGGCUAUAAAUCCUUUGGCAAGAUGGCGACUCCGAAUUAAUUGCUGCGCCAUUCCCAAAAGCUCUUAUUGCUUCUCGAUCUCCAUAAAGCAUACUUUUGGUUAAAGUUUAUCUCCACACAGACCUUAAUCAUCCUGCUUGGGUCAGUUCAACCGACGAUUCUAAUGAGGAGGGGUUCUUGUAAAUCACAUAGAAGGAAAGUAAAAAAGGUUCCCCCCCCCAUUCAGUCCCGUUGUCAACAUACCCAGCCUUUGGUGUAUCUUCAUCGUAAAAUAUUCCUGUUUCUCCAACCCGUCGUCUUCUUUCGCAGAGGUCACUUAAAUUAGCAGACUUCACUCCCCUUCUUCACUUGAAAUAUGUGCAUUUGCUUCUUUUGUAAUUAAUUAUUCCAAAUUGCUGCAGCUAGUGCGCGAUCAGAGACAGCGUCCAGGAGAGCCGAGGUCCACACGGGGGCAUUCUGCCUUCUUUUGAAUUAGGGGGUGAUUUAUGGGCACAACAGGCAAGGGCAGUGUUCCCCAUUUCCUUGGGGCAACAAGGGAGGCUGCCUACUCCCAUAACAGCCUCUUAAUUACCCUGUGUGGGUCGGAGAGAUGGUAUUGUCGGCCAUCUUCCAAUGCGCCCCUAGUGGCCCCCCCAUCUAAAACUUUUCCAUUGGCAUCUCUAGUGGAAGAUUCAUGGUUUAGUCUGAAGGGGCAAUUAGGAUUUUUUUUAAAUGGAAAGAAAACAGACUAGAGACAUACCAGGAUUGGAAAAAUAUACAGACCGUUGAACAAGCAAAGACUAAAGUGAAGAUGGCUCCACCUAGAUAUCAGUAUCCGCACAUCGGGACUUUAUGAAAUGGACUGAUCAGAAGCCAGGAGAUUUAGAGAGAUAAGACUUAGGUGGAAUCUACACACAUGUUAAAUACAUUGUGAAAUGCUUUUUAAAAAAUCGUUUUGAAAAAUGCAUUGAAUUUGCUAUAGCUCAGUUACCAUCUAGUGUCACAAUUGUAUAUUGCACUUUACAACACUUUCAAAACGUUUUAUUUGCAGCUGUAUAGCUGAGUCCUGAAUUUGAAACAGUUUAUAUUUUAAAAUGUAAGAAAAUAGUCUAUAACUAUAUGCUGAGAUGGAAUAAACAUAUGAAUAGAGAAAUCCCAAGAGAGGCAUGGCAAUGUCUGUUUGAAAAGGGUUCAAGUUUCUCGACAGCUAUGAUCCAUAAAUAAAUUUGCUUUAAGAUUGUGUUGGACUUCAUUGAAAAGUAAAAUGAUCAGUAAGCCAGAAGAAAGUAAGUCCUGGAUUUAUCCAUAAGUAAAAAGUGAUUUUUUACCAUAUGUCAUGGUUUUGUUUUUUUUAAAAGCAGUCGUAUUGGCAAAUGGUGGUGGGAAUUAUGAAGGAAACAUUUCAGAGACAAAGAAUUAACUGAUGAUGUAUCGCUAUAAAAUUAUUAGAGAAGAAAUGGCCAAACUGGUCCCAGUAGAAACAUAUAUUGAAAAAGAACUGGGCAUAACAGAAAAAGAAUCAAAUUAUAUGCUGCCAUUAAGAGUUUAAAUUACAUGGUAUAUAUGAAAUUGGCUUUUAGAAUGCCUCUUAUAUAUUGGUAUAUGUAAAUGUUAUGUAUAUAUUAUGUAUAUGUUUGUAUGUGUGAAGGUAUGUGGGAAAGUUUUGCUUUCGUGUUCUGUAAUGCCAAUUUUUCAAAGUAAAUAAUAUAUAUUUUUAAAAGACUAACAAUCCCAUUUUUCAAAUAGCAGGGAGUGCACAUUUGCAAUGACUGAUGCUGAGAAACCAGGGAAUGUGGCUCUUGUUUGGGGUUGUUAGCAAGGAAGCCAAUAAAUAACUCGAAAUAAUGUUUACUUUUAUGAAGCACUCCAAAUUCUUAUCACACUUAGCACAUUUCAACUACAGCGUGCUCUUACGCAGAAAAUGCCUCUUGGGGCAAUAUUUGUUCCUGACAAUAUUUUAUAAUUGUGACUUUAAUGUAGGCUGCUGUGACUCAGUCUGUUUGCCAUAGUCCUUGUUCCUUUAUAAGUAAUUAGUGGUUUUCCCUGCACAAGCUGCCAUGUCCUCCAGUAAAUGCCAAGGUUGGUUGAUAGUUUUCUUUUAAGCCAUACUUGUCGAAGCUUUUCCCCUGUGGGAAUUGCACAUAUCAUACACAAAGCAUAGGUGAAACAUUAUUCUUUAGUCCUGUGGAUGACAAAAGAGCCCUGAGUAGGAAAUAUUACCAUGAAUAGGAGGCAUGGAGUCAAGCACACUGGCUCCAGCCGAGUGUCUCCCACUUCCUCAGUUAUGAGCCUUCCCUUCUUGAGCAGAGAAGGUCUGAAGAGGAAGAUCGACUUGUGUUUUCUUGAACCCGAAUUGGACCUCAUCACAAUCAGAAGCCCUGUGGUUGUGGGUGGGAGGUUUAUCGCCGAAACAUCUGUACCGCAAAACAAUAAGAUUUCAGCAGCAAUUUAAAAUUUCUCCUGUCAAGAGAUUUUAACAUAGACAUAGAUGGAAGAAUUGACACUCAGUAGGGAGAAUCGGCAAUUAAUGGAGGUAAAGUUAAUAUUAAAGGGGGGGAAACAUGGCAGACAUUUACCAAUAAUAAUAAUAGUUCGGGAUCCCCUCUUGGACUUUUUGUGGGGAAAAGAAAUGAAUGACUCUGAGACACUUUGACUUAAAAUAAAUAUUGUUUAACAGAAAGUGGAGAAGAUCGUGGACUGAAUGUCUUAAAUAAUCUUUCUUUUAAAAGAUGUGACUGGCAGAUGGAACAUCAGAAGUCCUUUUAUUUUUCUCUAAUGUUUCUUCCCCUUUUAUCUUUUUACUUUUCACUCUUUCUCUUGUCUCUCCUUUCUUGUUCCUUUCUCUCUCUCUUUCUCUGCCUCCUCUUUUUGGGAGUCAUAUGUUUGGGAUUGUGUACUCAUGUGGGUGGUAGAUGUUUGAUGGAGAGCCCUGGGUGGGAGACAAGGAAAUGUUGGUCUCCAAAGGCAAGAGGCUGGAAGGAGAAAGGAAGGUGAGAGCUGGAAGGGCUGCUACCUUCUGUGGGUGGUGGGGACUGAGAAUUGCCUUUAGGAGAAGACUCCAUAUUUUACAGGAUCUGUUUGUAUUUUUUGUACCUUUCUUCGUACUGUAUUGUGAAAAACUUUAAUAAAAAUCUUAUUUUUUAAAAAACACUGCUCCUGUCACUUUCCUGAUAAAGGAAAGGGCAACCAAGGAGGUUUCAGUGCCAAAACUGGGCCCUCAGUCAGAACAACACUGAGCAUGACAAAGCUCUUCCUUGUUCUUACAAAUGCCGAAAAGGUUUUUUGGAUUUUAGUGUCUGUUAUAUAUGUCGGCAUUAUGCUGAAUAUAUCAUCAAUUUAAACAAAUGUUCAUGAACUCGUUAUCCAAAGGCACAUUUGUUGUCAACUAACUAAAAUUUUGUAAGUUGCUUUUCUGCUUCCUUUAUAGACGUCAGCUCUAACUUUUUCCCCACCACCAGUGAUUAUACAAUGAGAGAAUAUGAACAGACCAUUGAGGUCCCUGCCUCCUACUACGGGCCCCACCUUUGUUUCCCCCUCACUGUUGCUGACACUGAUGUUCUUCUUCAGGCUUUCAAGCACCGACAGGCAAGCUCAGACCAAUGGUUAAAUGGAUUUCCCUUUUAUUUUUAUGGUCUCUCUAAAAGUGUCAGCUGAUAAUCGUAAGGGCAUCUUAGACACCAUUAAGACAGCAGGGCGUGGAAGGCUAAUGUGCAUCAUGGUGGGGGGAAAGGAAUUUGUAAGCACUUCAUAUGCGCAUAUUGAAAGAGAUGAACAAUGGUGCAUUUAGUUAUUUACCAAAACAAUGGUAUGCCAGUUUUCCAAAUGUUCAAAGGAGCUUACAUUGAAAACAAUUACAAGAAAGCACAUGUAAUACCAGAAGCAAAACUGAGGAGUGGAGAUGAAGUAUUACUGAGGGGUCUUUUGUUAGGGGGUUGUUGCUAUUUUUGAUACUAAUUUUUUGUAUCUUUCUUUUAGUUCUUAUUAUGAUUUAUGUGGACAUUGUUUAAUUUGAUUGUGCACUUUUUGAUGUUUUACUUAUUAUUUAUUACUACUUUUGCUAGGUUUGUAAUUAUGUAGUUUUUUCAUGUAGCUGCCUUGAGCAUGGUUUUAAUCAGGCAUCCCCAAACUCGGCCGUCCAGAUGUUUUGGGACUACAACUCCCAUCAUCCCUAGCUAUCAGGACCAGUGGUCAGGGAUGAUGGGAAUUGUAGUUUCAAAACAGCUGAAGGGCCGAGUUUGGGGAUGCCUGGCUUUAAUCAUGGAAAGGUGGCAUAUAGAUAAAAUUAUGUAUGUAUGUAUUCUGCCUGGAUAGCUCAGUGAGUUAGAGUAUGGUGCUGAUAACGCCAAGGUUGCAGGUUCGAACAUCGUAUGGAACACCUGCAUAUUCCUGCAUUGCAAGGGGUUGGCCUAGAUGAUUCUCAGGGUCGCUUCCAACUCUACAAUUCUGUGAUCCUCUUAAACACAACAGGCCUCAACUGACAGCUUUACGAAAAAGGUUGCUCUGCCAGCCCUGUUCCUGUUGAAAGGCUGUUUAUUCACCCCAAUACAUUCAUCAGAGAAGAAAACAUAAUUCUUUCCACUGCCACGCUUUUUUAGCAAUUGCUUAGUCAUUGUUGGCACUUGCUGCUCUUGAGAGCAUUUGGCGCAGGAGACUCACACAGCCCUAUGCUUUCCAUUUCUUUAGCUAUAAUGGGAUAUGGUUUAAUUUGAAAGACGGACAUUGCAAAGCUGGAUAUCCCAUCCCAUGGCAUUUCUGCUUCCUUUGAUCUGUUGGCUACUAAAACUGAACUCCGCAGUCUCUGGGUAUACCUGCUGCUGUUCUGGCAAUAUCAAGAAGUGCAUUAAAACAAUAGGGCCAGCGGGAUACAUUACUGAACAUAGGAAGUUGGCUUAUGUUGAGCCAGACCAGUGGUCCAUCUAGCUCAGUGUAUACACUGACUGGCAGCAGCUCUCUAGGGUUUCAAACGGGGGAUAUUCCCAGCUCUACUUGGGGAUGCUGGGAGUUGAACCUGGGAUCUUUUGCAAGCAAAGUGGAUGCUGUACCACAGAGCUACAUCCCUUACACAGACUUACAACCCAAUAUUGAAAGUAUGAUCCCUGCCUUGCUUGCCUUUUUCCACCUGACCUGGGAGGGUGGGGCCUGGACUGACUCCAGCUACAAAAGCUGAGGCUGCUAUAGAGGCCAGAGGCCAUCUUGGCUGUGAGUCCUGGAAGGCCUGCUCCUUGCCUUGCUGGCUCCCUGCCCCCUUGCCUGGCUGAGGAAGGCAGUGGCCUGACUGACUGACUCCAGCUAUGAAAGCUGAGGCUGAGUUUUGCUUAGGGGUUUCUGUUUCUGUUAUUGAUAUUAAUUUUUUUUAAAAUCUUUGUUUUAGAUAUUAUGAUUUAUGUGGCAUUUGUUCAAUUCGGUUGUGUGCUUUUUGAUGUGUUUUAUUCCAUGUUUAAGCUACUUUUGUUAUGUGUGAAGUCAUGUAAAUCUUUUCAUGUUGUAAGCCACCUUGAGCAUGGUUUUACCUAGGGAAAGGUGGCAUACAAAUAAAAUGAUGAUUCUUAAUAUAGUAUGGGCACCAACGCUGCUACUGCAUUAGAGAUGUCCCCCAUCACCAUGCUCAUCUGUGCAGUGACAAUCCCCCAAGUCUGCAGUCAUGACUGGAAAAUGUUUGUCACGCUGACAAGAACUGUGUGCAAGCACAAAGCUCACUGGGUUUUGGUGAUGGAGUUCUUCCAACAACUCUCUGUAAUAUAUCAUUUAGAGCCAGUGUGGUGUAGUGGUUAAGAGCAAUAGACUCGUAAUCUGGGGAACCGGGUUCGCUUCCCCGCUCCUCCACAUGCAGCUGCUGGGUGACCUUGGGCUAGUCACACUUCUUUGAAGUCUCUCAGCCCCACUCACUUCACAGAGUGUUUGUUGUGGGGGAGGAAGGGAAAGGAGAAUGUUAGCCGCUUUGAGACUCCUUCGGGUAGUGAUAAAGCGGGAUAUCAAAUCCAAACUCUUCUUCCUCUUCUCCUUCUCCUUCUCCUUCUUCUUCUUCUUCUUCUUGCAUGACUCCGUACAGCACCUCCACGCCCGAUAUGUUCUUCAGCUGCUACAUGAGACCAGGAAGGUCCUUCAGCAGAUGCCAAACAUCACACACCUCUCCACCUCUUAUACCAAGGAAAUAACCAUCUGUGGUGAGUUCUCCUUAAGAGAAAUGUGGCACCGGGUUGAUAUCUAAAGUAUAUUGUGAAUCUGUAGGACUGUCUAGCAUUUGUGGUUGCAGGCCCAGACGCUGUAGGGCCAAGGCAAUAUGUAGGUGCAAUAAACACAGGACAACCAAAAGGAGAUUUAAGCAGGCCACAGCUUUAUUGAUUACAGGUGUCAGCAGGUUUGGGCGUAGGCAUUGGAUGUGUAUCCUGACUCAACCAGCCUGCCUACUGGUUGAUUUUUGGCAGGGAUAACCAAGGUUAAGGGUCGCCCUAUGGCAUUCAUCAAAUUGGGGUGAACUCCCUCCCUGCAACCACCAUUUUGAGGGUGCUAUGGCCCAUCAGCCCCUGUCUGUGCAUCCGGACAGAAAUGAACCCCUCCCCCAGCUACGCCUUAACCCACCUUGGCCAGGCCACCUUAACCCACCUUGGCCAGGCCAGACCACAACUCCCACUCCCCACCAGCCAGUGGUAAGUGGUCUUUAUAGCUGCCAUUGGAAUGUUACACUUCCCCAACCCCCUCGCAGUACAAAUCCUUCCUGUCUUCCCUUUAUUAUUGGGGGUGGGGGGGUGGAAGGCUGAUGACUCAUCGCCUGGCAUUUUUAAAGUAAGCCGAACACUUCCUCCCACUUUUUCCCCCUGUCAGAUGUUGCUGGGUGAGUCAGUGACUAAAUCUGGCAAACUUUUAAGAAAAGAGCUGCUUUUCCAUCUGUAAAAUGCUACUUUGUGUGGUAAAUAAUUUCUUUCACCUCUUGCCUUCCCGCAAGUGCUUCAACAAACGGUUCGUGAACAUGAUCAUGAUAGAAGAAAAUCCCAGUUCAUUGAUACUUCUUCUGGGGACACACACACACAUAUCCACACUGUGAUGAAAAUGAGCAAACCAAUGAUGCAUUCUCUCUCUCUCUCUCUCUCUCCCUCUCUCUCUCUCCCCCCCCCCCAUAUAUGGAUGUCUCAGUGGGGAAAUGUUAUGCAGUCUUUGUUCUGAGGGGGUGUAUAUUUAGAGAGACAGAGAGAGAGAGGCCGAACAUUAAAGUGCAUGUUCUUUCUCUCAUGCAGAAAUUCAGAAAGCAGUCUUCUUUUUUAUUUUAGUGUUUGAUUGAAAGUAUUUCAGUUGAACAAAAGAAAAGAAAAAGAAAAAGUGCAUAAAAAGAGAAAGUAAAGUAUGUAUCACUAAUAUAUGCAAACAACUACAAAUUCAUAUGUGGUUGUCUUAUAUAUGGGUAUAUGUAUUAUAAGCAAUCUUCCUUUUCUUAAGAAGAAAAACCACAGAGUGAAACUGGAGGCAAAAUGUUUUGUCCUGAGCUUUGGGGAUCCAUUUGGAGCCCAAAUAAAAUUGCUUUGUGGCCAUGGAUCACCAAUUGGCCAACUGCAUAAAGAGUCAGCUAAAGAUGGCAACAUCUAAGUGCCUCUCAGUCAUCUGGCCUUGAUUACACUGCCAUACAUGGGUGAAUGGAUGGGAUUGGACUUCCUGGAUUUGCUUGAGGAGACCCACUUGCAAGACAGCACUAAAUGGUUACUAGUAAUAAUUAGUCUCUCUCUUCAAAUCAAGAGAAGACGCGCACACAAAAUAAAUUAAUUAUACUGCUGCAGGUGCAGAGAGAAACCAAAUUUUAAUAAAAGAUGCUUCAAGCAUUCAAUGCAGUAAUAGAUAAGAUAUCUUUUAUUUACAGGUUUAUACCAUUGAAUGAGCUUUAGUAAGCAAGAACAAAAUAUCCUUAGACUUCUACACACGCACACGUAUGUGUGUGUAUGUGUGGCCUUGAUAAUCAAUGUACAUACAUCCUCCAAUGGGUGUCCUCAUUUGCACAAUUGAAAGAGCAUCUGAGAGAUUUUUUGAUGUGUCCUUCAAGCAAAUAAUAGUCUUCAUGCUCAAAACAUCCUUAAUGACAGAUGAAAGUGUAUUUUUUUACUGAAGUUUGAGCCAAAAUGUUGAUUGCCACAAAACAAGAUCUAUGUCACUUCCGUCAAAUCCUUUUUAACUUUCUACAUUGAAACAGGCAUUAAAUAUUCAUCUGGUUCAUGUGUUGCAUAUGUGAGAGUUCCUUUAAUGAGCGUCAUUUAAACCCCACUAAAUCCAAAUCCAAUUUAUUAUUUCAUAGUAAUAUUUGUUGGGUUUGGUCUUAAAGGGCUUAAUAUGUUCCAUAUCACGAAGCUAAUGUCCCCCCCCCCUUUCUAUUUUAAAGUCCUAAAAUAGCUUCUUCCCAUUUUAAAUUCCUUUAAGACUCCUUUCCAUUUUCAAUAUGACCCCCCUGUUGGAAUUCUGCCUGGGUCAGAGGAAUGUGCCACAGCGUAGGCACCGGCAGAUAUUCCUGUCGACCUCCCCGCGUCUCCACUCUGCUGAUAAGCAGGCGAGGUCCGGCGAUUCUUCUCAGAUGUAUGAGAGGAACACACCGUUCUUCCUCUCUCCCCUUUGGUGUCCCCAGGGAGGGGAAAGAAGCAGACAGAAAACUAUUUACAUCAUUUAUUUCUGCCUCUUACAUCAGUACAGAGAAUCAUGUCUGCACUCAACAACAGCAAGACGAAACUCCUCCCAAGUACAUCCAGUACGGGUCAUAUGACACACACACACUGAGCUAACAUCCGGUGCUCAGUACAGAAUGGACUGCCCCUUUGUUCCCAUGGCAACAGUCACAAACAUCCUGUCUGGCUUUCCAGCCACAAGCAGCUGGCUGAGCUGCUAGAGCCUUUGCUUGCUGCAGCAUUGGUGCUUUAUGGUAACAUACUCCCCCUAAAGUAUCAAUGUGUGCCGCGAGCAAAGCGUCAUCCAGAGAAGAAAACAAACAGUUGUUAUAUUUAUAACAUUCCCCUGUUGUGUCAGUUCCACCCUUGGAACUACCCGCCACUGGUUUAACCAAUGUACCUCUCUGGUUGUCUGGCUUCCAAGGAAUGAGUGCUUCUGCAUUACCUUGGCUAGCUACCCUCUGUUGUGUCUUUGUCUCUGACGUAGACACUGCUUCAACCUGCUUUGAGUUGUUAACAAUAGCAACACAUGCAACAGCUAAGUUAGCAAACUCUUUUGAGUACCUCUUUGGUGGUACACCCUUUGUAACUCUCUCAGACCUGCGUAUGAGGUUCUGAUCUUCUGUGCUCACUGGUUCAACCUUUGGACUCUGUUGAGAACCAGUAGCAAUCAGUGGUUCUUCCUUCACCUGUGAAGGUCUAGUCAUUAUGUGAGAUUUCCUCUCAAUGACUGUGACAACUGAGCUGUCUGAGCUAUCGCUGUCAUCAUCAGUACUACUGAACUCAAUAAGAUCAAACUCAUCAUCAUCAUUAUCAUCAGAAUCGUUUCCUGUGGGAAAUGUCUGUAUUAUCCGCUCUUGCUUUGGAGCACUCUCUAGGAACUUUGUGAGAAUCACCUGACCAGAUUCAGACAAAAUUACUCUGUAGAGACCUUUUUCAUAACCUACAAAAAUGCCUCUGGCAUUCUUUACUCCACCUGGAGCUUCUGUUCUCACAUGAGACCCGAAAACCUUAAAAUAGGCAACAGAAGGUUUUCUAUUGAACAGCUUCUCAAAGGAGAACAUCCCAACUCUGUUGAGACCUUUCUCAACCACACAUGAAGAUAGGACGCUAGCGAUUCGGCCCAAUAUUCAUGUGGCAAAUGUGAACUCAGCAAUUGCGCAUUCAUCCCCUUUUGCAAUUCUUUGUUCACUCUCACACAGACCCCCCUGUUCCACGCUUCUUGCGAGACUGCAACUUUGUGGUCUAUCCCUUUUCCAUCCAGGAACUUCUGAAACUUCUGCAACAGAAAAAUUUGCUUCUCAUCUGUGAAAAGACAAUCAAUGUUAGCAUCAUGCAUACUUUUAACCUUGUCACAAAACUCCUGAAACUUUUCUAAAGUUUCUUGCGGUUUCUCCAUCAUAUAAACCCAAGAAUAAUUAGUGAAACAAUCCACACACAAAAGGUAAAAUCGUGCACCGCCUCUAGAUGGUUCUAGAGGACCAAUCACAUCAGCAUACACCCGCUGAAAUGCUCUGUUGACCUUCUUCGUCUUAGUCACCUUCCUGGUGCUCACACUGGUCACUCCUGCAAGAGAGAUUUCGUUAGAAACAGCAGAAUUACAUUUCAUGUAAUCACUUUGAUCAAAAGUCAACAAAUACAGUCCAUCUUUCUCUUUGGCAGUAAGAAACAGUUCUCCAUCUUUGUAGAUCUUGCAGCUUUUAGCAUCAUAGGACAGUUUCAGUCCUUUCUUUGCAAUCUGCGACACGCUCAGCAGAUUAAAUCUCAGUUCUGGAACCAGGUAAACAUCACUUAUAGUCAAGUUCAGACUCUCAAGAUACACAGUCCCAAUUCCAGUUGCUUCCAACUCCUGACCGUUGGCCUGUUUCACAGUGAAGCUUUGCUUCUUCAACGUCGAAAAUAGUCCUCUGUGCGGGCACAUGUGAACCGUUGCGCCCGUGUCAAUUAUGAACGAGUUCCCAACAUCUGGCGUGGUUCCUUUCGCCAUCAUAGCCUUUGCAGGUUUCACCUGGCACUUGGUACGGCUUUUGCCUGACGCCUGAGGCUUCGUAGAGCUGCUCUUUGCUCCUCUUGACUGGCGCGGCUUCUUACAGUUUCGCUGUAGAUGCCCAGUCUGUCCACAAUUGUAGCAUCGGACAGCACUCAAUGCUACACCAUGCUCUCCAGUAGCAUCAGCAGUGGGGGAAUUAGAACUCUGUUCUUCCCUCCCCCUGUCUUUUUCUUCCAGUGCAGCAAGUCUGUCGUGUUCAUUCAGGACCACAGCACAAACUCUCUCCGCGGUCAGCUGCGCGGCCGGUAGGGAACCAAGCUGACUGGCAACAACCUUGUAGGUGCGGCUAAGGCUGUUUAUCAUCAUGAAGCAAAACACUUCCUCCUGAAGACGGAAAUUGCGUUCCACCAUCUGUUGACGCAGAAACUUCAUUUCUGUCAGGUGCGCUUGAACAUCUCCAUCAGGCGCAAGUCUCAGAUUGGUCAAUUUCUCAAAAUACAGCAACGCUGAAGAACCAGCAUCUCUCUGAUGCGUUGUACGCAGCGUGUCCCAUACCUCUUUCGCAUUUUCUAAAUGCUGAACAUGCACCAACUGAUCAUCUGAGACACACAGAAUUAUAGCAGUCCUGGCCCUUACAUUCUGUGACUCCCAACCUCUGGUUGGUGCUGCAGGGAUGGGGUUUUCAAUUACAUCAAAAAGCCUCUGAUUCUGCAGCAGGGCCUUCAUCUUUACAGACCAAGAUGAAUAAUUGUCAUUGGUUAAGGGAGGUGGGCAAGGCAAACCUCCCCCUUUCUUGGCAUCCAUCUUGAAGCCAAGCCUCCAGCUCACAAUGUCAAACAAACUGUAAAAUCCAACAGUUGUUUUUUUCUUUUCUCACGCAGCAAACUGCAAAUUGUUUACGCUCUUUGCACCUGGCAGCUAAACGCAGGCUGCUAUUGAAAAGUCCCUUCCAAGAGCUCGUAAACCUUGUAGCCAAAACAUUCUCUGGUUUUGUUUCGCUUUCCCAGGCUUACACUCAGAGUCCAGCCCCUUGCCAGUAACUUUCCAGGACCGUUGCCUAGCAACAAUGCAUUUCAAUGGGACUCCUUAUCUACCACAAAAAUUUGUGGAAUGCAGGCUUCAGCCUUCAAGCUGCAGGCCUCUUCCUCUCGGAGCUUUUGUUUUCUUUGAAACGCAGCUCCGUGAACCAGGAAUUAAUCUUCCUGCGUUCACACUUUUAGCCCGAAAUGCAGCAUACCUUGAACUUUGUUGCUCUGGAAAACACCUCUUCUUUCCAUCAGCUGUCUGUGGAGCCUCUGGCUUCUUUCAGACGCUUCUAUUCCUCCUUAGGAGCAGUGGAGGACAAUCCACCAGCCUCUCAUGCAGAUGUCCGAUGAAUCGCAACCAUCCUCUGCUACCACUGUUGGAAUUCUGCCUGGGUCAGAGGAAUGUGCCACAGCGUAGGCACCGGCAGAUAUUCCUGUCGACCUCCCCGCGUCUCCACUCUGCUGAUAAGCAGGCGAGGUCCAGCGAUUCUUCUCAGAUGUAUGAGAGGAACACACCGUUCUUCCUCUCUCCCCUUUGGUGUCCCCAGGGAGGGGAAGAAGCAGACAGAAAACUAUUUACAUCAUUUAUUUCUGCCUCUUACAUCAGUACAGAGAAUCAUGUCUGCACUCAACAACAGCAAGAAGAAACUCCUCCCAAGUACAUCCAGUACGGGUCAUAUGACACACACACACUGAGCUAACAUCCGGUGCUCAGUACAGAAUGGACUGCCCCUUUGUUCCCAUGGCAACAGUCACAAACAUCCUGUCUGGCUUUCCAGCCACAAGCAGCUGGCUGAGCUGCUAGAGCCUUUGCUUGCUGCAGCAUUGGUGCUUUAUGGUAACACCCCCUCCCUCUUGAGAGCUUUCUCACCCUGGUCAUAUUUGCCUAGAAAAGAGCAGUGUAGUGUUUAGGAUUCACUUGCAUCGUCACCAACAACUCAAAUGUGAGUGUUAACUAGUAUACUAAACAAAAAUUUUUAAAAUUACAUUUGUUGUUCUCCUCAUUUUUGCCUCUGACCCUGACCACCAUUUCCAUGUGGCACUUGAAAGGUUGCCCACCAAGGAAUGUAGCCCUCAGGGUGAAAAGGAUUUUAUACAGUGGUACCUCGGGUUAAGUACUUAAUUUGUUCCGGAUGUCGGUUCUUAACCUGAAACUGUUCUUAACCUGAAGCAUCACUUUAGCUAAUGGGGCCUCCUGCUGCCAACGUGCCGCCGGAGCCCAAUUUCUAUUCUUAUCCUGAAGCAAAGUUCUUAACCUGAAGCACUAUUUCUGGGUUAGUGGAGUGUGUAACCUCAAGUGUAUAUAACCCAGGGUACCACUGUAAUCUUGUUCUUCAAAUAGCAGUUUGAGAGGGACCAUUAAGCCUCGGCUGCUUCCUCAUACAUUCCCUGUUGCUUCCAACACAGCUUCCCAAUGCUUUUGGGUAGUGGGUGGGCAGUUAAGCAGUUGCACCUGCUGUGUUUCAUAUUAUGGUUUCAUACAUAUGUGUGCAUAGUUUCACAAAAUGUCUACUGUAAGCAGCUGGUCCACAGGGAAUGCAAAGUGCUCCCCGAUGAAUUGGAUUCAGGAGUUGACCACCAUGCAGUUAAUGCUUCAUACCAUUGCUUUACAACACUUCUAAACACGCAUGAGCUCUAGGAAACAAUAAUCACUGUUUGCUUCCAGUCUUGCGUAUUCUACCUGCCCGAUUGGUGGUCCCAUGGCCCGACUGUGAACGUUUGUGUUCUUUCUAGGCGAUCUUCAUGGAAAGCUGGAUGACCUUUUGCUGAUUUUCUACAAAGUAAGUAAAUUUGGCUUUGCUGUUUCCUAAUGGUGCCUCAACGCUACUAGAUUCCGUUAGCAACUGUGUAUAUAUAUAGAGAGAGAGAUCACCAGCACUUUGUGGUAUCAAUUUUUGGCCUAUGGCCAUCUUUCCGUUCUCCACACUCAGUUAAUCAGGACUGAAUGUCGACUGAAGGGCAAAAUCUGCAGGGGACUGGAGGGUAUCAAACCUCAACGACGAUACUCCUUGCGAUUUUUGUGAAGUAUAAACAAAGGGGGGAGGUGGGAAUCUCCCAAAGCCUCAGGUGAUCUGUUGUUCAAACUGUCCAUGAGGGACAGAAGCUUAACCUUAUCCAUGCUGUGUAGCAUGAUCUCCAUUGGGAGCUUUCAGGGAAGACAACUUCCCCUAACUCUCUGAUAAUAACAUAUGUAUCAUAUUGCUACUGCCCUCUAAGCAUGGUGCAUUGAUGGACUCCCCACUAAAGUUUAUAGUCCCAGAUUCAGAUUACAGUGUGGCUUGUAUUUCUUUCAUUUUGCUUCCUCAAAUUGCACCAUGUACAAGCCUUUGGAGGGGAUGGGGAAGGGUGGGUGGGAAACAGCUAAAGGCCGUAAGUGAUGACCCUAACAUUGUCUGAAGCCAGUUAAACUAGAUAACAUGCCUUUAAUGCUUUUUAAUGGCUUCUCUUAAGAAUAACACCUUGGCUUAAUUAAAGUAGGCAGUUUGGAGACACUUCCAUUCACUGCACUAAUCAUUGUUAAAUGAUGCCGUUUCCCAUCAUGUUCCUCAAAAAAGAACCCCAAACCCGUAAUAUUUUAAAUUGCCAGUUGCUAAAUUAGCCUGUGUUAAAUUGAUUCUAUGCAUAUAGACAUCUUGGAGCGGAAUUAAAAGGCAGAUUGACAAAGGGAGCUAAUUAAGCGCAAACCCAGAAGGCACUCUAAUGAGGCAGUGGCAGCAGCAACCCCCUAUUCCACUCACCAUUGGAAAGCUGUCUUCACUCUUGUUGCCUGCUGCUAUGGAUUUUCAUUUCAUCCCCAGCCUCGAAAAGGGCAUUAGCAAAAGCCAGGGAAGUGUUCGAGGAAAGCAAGGGGAAGCAAGCAUGCUGCAUAAUAUAUUGUAUUUUGAAGUAAAUUGGAUUUUCGCAUUUGAAAUGUAAGUGCAAUGUCAAAUGUAAAGGUGUAUUAAGAGCUGGCGCUGCAAAAAAAAAAAGCUUUUCAGGUUCCAUAAACGUUGAUUGCAGGCAUUUUGAGAACCUGCUAAGAUUCAUUCGACAAAAUUUCAUUCUACUGCUCCUCCUUGGACUUCUGGGCGGCUUAUGAUAUAUAUGACGUCUAGGCAGGGGGCAGAGCAAUUGGAACAGAGUUAGAUACGUUGCAUGACUAGGGCUCAGCUUCAUCAACAUUCCCUUCCUUUCAGCCUCAGAUUUGUCUAUGAUCAUUAUGGGAGAUUGGAAGAGGAGCCCAAAGAACCAUUGCGGUGUAGUGGUUUGAGCAGGGUGGCUACGUCCAAGCCCAGGGGCCUGAGAGAUGUAACCCGCCCCCCUGCAAAGCAAAUGUUUCCAGCUUCUCCUACUAAUUUUGGCAGCAGGAGAACAUCCUCCCUCCCACAAAAAAUGUGGACACAAAAUCCUUCCCUCCCCAGCCAUCAGAUCGAUUACUUUAAGAGUGGGGGAGAAAAAUCAGAUCAGCUGAGGAAGGGAGGCUCCCCUGUAUGUGUGUUGAUGACUGUGUGUGUGUGCAGGAGUGUGUGGGGUGGCUACAUACACUUUUUGUCAGACCACCCAUGGGCCUACAGGCCCUGGAGGUAUAACCCAAAAAGGUUCAUCACUGCUUGGUUAGAGUAUUGGACCAGGGUUUAAAUGCCCACACAGCUGCACAGCUCACUGGGUGGACGACCGUGUACCAGCCAUUCACCCUCUUAGCUUAACUUACCUCCUAUGGAUCUUGUGAUGAUAAAAUUGGGGGACACAGGGAAGAAGAACGUAUGCUGACUUGAACUCCUUGGUCAUAGGGUAGAUGCACAUCUAACCAUUGUUUUCCACAAUUGGUUAGGACAAGCAUAAAAAAGAAUUCCUAAAUGGUUCAUAUAAAAGUAAUAUAAAAUGAAUAGUUUUAUGAACUGUGCGGACAUGGCAGCUCAAGGUGAACAUAAGUAAAACCAUCCCUGGUGUCCUCCGUCUGUCACCAAGGACCUGAUGCUCACCUGGGCACAGGUGCAGCUACUAAUGUGAUAUGGCAGUACUACAAAAGAGAUGUUGGCAUCAGUGAGGAGGUGAGGCCACCUACAGCUCUGCAUUGCCCUGUUGACCGGCCGACUCUUGUUUUGCGAUAAUUAAUAUCUGUUGUACUUGCACAUGUUGUUGUCAUUUUUCUUCUUCUACAGAAUGGACUUCCUUCAGAGGAAAACCCCUACAUUUUUAAUGGGGAUUUUGUGGACAGAGGGAAAAAUUCCAUAGAAAUACUCAUAAUCCUGUUUGCCUUUCUACUCGUCUACCCUAACCACUUGCACUUGAACCGAGGAAACCAUGAGGACCAUAUCAUGAAUCUUAGGUAUCGCCAUUGUUCAGCUAGCUAGCUAGAUAUAUUAUCUUUCAUUCGCCUAAUCUACAUAUGUUGUCUUCCCAAAGCCUCCAGUUGAAACAGUUGAUCUGAUAACUGAGAGAUGCACUUGUAAUUUUUGCUCAGAUUUCAGAUCAGUAGAUACUGUCUAUGAGCUCCCUCUACACAUGAUACUGUAGCUUAGUAUAAAGGAAAGUAAGAAUCAAAUUAUUGUGCAUUUCGGUUAGAAUUUGGACUCCGUUUACUCUUUAGAAAUGGUCUUGGCAUCUGAAGGUUGUGGCAGCAUUAUCUUUAAGUUAAGGCAGAAGCAUUGUGUUAUUUUAUGGUUCAGCAUUUCAAUAUACAGAAAUACUGGAAAAGAAAACCUUAUUUUUUAUUUCUUUUGCUUUAGAUAAGAGGUGGGAAGGAAGGAGUUUGGAACAUAAUGGUAGAUCUCUGUAGCAUUUCAGCAAGGACUCUAAGUUAAUUUACUAUGGCAACAACAAAAUUAAUCCGCCCACCACAUCCCUGGCUCUGUCUUAUACUGCUGAAAGUAGAUCCCACAAGCCUGAAAUCUGCUCACCCCUAUUUCAGACCAUGCACUGGACAAAAACUGUACCAGAGUAUGGAAAAGUUCCUUGAUGCAUACUGAUAAAAUAAGUGGGAAAUCUGUAUCUGGGGUGCAGAUACAGAAAUAUGCAACAGAAAUAUCCUACAAUUCAAAUCUGAUUUCUGUUGUCUUGCUAUACUCUGGUAAUGGAUCUCCCCUCUGUUAUAAACCUAUAAUAUAGAAGAAAGAAUUAUCUCUUACAUAUAGGUACAUAGAGAGUGCGAUCCACUAUUGAAAUGACCUUUAACUUGUUUCAGAUAUGGUUUCACAAAAGAAGUUAUGAAGAAGUACCAGGUAAAUAUUUGGCUGUCUUUUGGUAGUGGCAUCAGGUUAGCAACCUCAUCUUUUAGCUAAGUGAUACAGACUGCAUUCCUUGCAUUUCAAAGCCCUAACCUAAUUUUAUGGACCUUAGUUCUGUAAAGAAUAUUGAACUCAAAGAUGUUUUAAGCGUUACCCAUGAGUAAGUAUGGGGAGUAAACUGAAUUCAGUUUGCAUUUAAUGGUGAACUUACCCAAUUUACAUUUUCUGAAACGAUAUGUGAACUGAAACUCAGCGAUCCUUCAAAAUUCAAAUGUUCUUGACUUUUGCUAUACAGUUGUCCAGCCAAGUAAUGUGUACAAAAAUGCAUAUACUAGUGUAAAGUGUGUGUGUGUGUGUGUGUGUGUGUGUGUACAUGCAUAUAUUAGUGAAUAUAACAUGCAAAAGUGCCUUAAAACAGGGAAAUUUGUAUAUCAAGUAAAAUAUGUAUAUUAUGCAAAAUUGCAUACAAAUGUGUAAAAAAUUGCACUAAAAUGAUGAAUUUUCAUGAGCACUUAAAAAAAUGAAUGUGGAAAUGUGGAGUAUUGAGCUUAAGAAUGGAAAAGUCAGAAAUAGAGAGAAACCAAAAGUGGUAGAUUCAUUCAUCCCUACUCACAAGAACCCCUUUAUUUUUCCCCAUGUGCUCAGCGGUGUAGCUAGCCGCUUGGGUACCUGGGGGGCGGGCCAAGGCGACUCAUAGAAUAGAAUCAUAGAGUUGGAAGAGACCACAAGGGCCAUCGAGUCCAACCCCCUGCCAAGCAGGAAACACCAUCAGACUCGGAGAUGGGGCAAGCAUACAUAGAUUUACAAAUAGUUUUCACUUCAUUAUUUUAUGGCUUUGAGAAACCACCCACGAAGCACAUCAAUUUGCUAUUAUUUCAGGGACCUUCUGAUUGUUACCUUUAUUUUCACUUCAUAGUGCUAUGGAACAGCAAUUUUACAUCUUCUGGAAGAUGUCUAUAGCUGGCUUCCUCUUGCAACUAUAAUUGACAGCAAAGUUCUUAUUUUACACGGAGGGAUAUCGGACACUACUGAUUUGAAUUUCCUUAAUUUAUUUCAGAGAAACAAGGUAAGGUGUUAAACUCGCAAGACACUCUUUUUCUUUAGUUCUGCUCUUUUUGGCUCCAAUCCAUCUCACCAACACACAAAUGCUAUUGAAAUCAAUGAGAAUUAACCUUGUGUAUCUUAACUCUUUUACGUAAACAUGCCAUUAGCAUUUUGAAAAUUUAAAGGAGUAAACUAGCAACACACAACGGAUUUUUUAAAAAAUGCCUUAGUUUGUUGCAUUAUGUGGCCCUAGUACAUACUUUCUCUAGACCAUACCUUAAGGCUAAUAGUCACCUUAACAAUAUUUUAAGGGGUUAAUCGUGAUUUUUAGUCCAGGCACAUAAUGGCAAGAGCUGUGGUUUGGCUCCAUCAUGCUGCACUGCACAGCACCUAGUUCUCCAUACCUUAUCCCUCUCCUUCCAGUACACACCAGCAACAUAAUGUAUUUGGAAGCUGGGAGGGCAGUGGUGCUUCACCUCUGAAGCCCCAAGGACUGGCACUGCCUGGGGGGAGAAGCAGUGCUGCAGCAAUAGCCUCCCAGCAAUGAGAUUGCUAUCACUUACUGGGGAGGUGCGGAAAAGGGGCAAGGUGAAGAGAAGGUCUGGGCUGCAUCAGCAGAGAAAAUCCAGUGCUCAUAUCGUUGUCCCUGCAACCCUGGUCUCACUGCUGCUUCCCUCCUUCCAGUAACUGGGAGUGGUGCCCCUGCCAGGAGACUAUUGCUGCCUCACCAGGUGAGCUGCUCCACUCCUUGACCAUUGGCCAAAGUUCAUUAAAGAUAACACACUUUCAGGGCUAAGGUACAGUAAUUUACUUUUGUGCAGAUCUCCAUUGUGGUCAACACUUGUUUAUGAAUUGCUUCUCACCUAUACCUGAUAGAUCAGCUACUAUAUUUUCACUUUCAUGCUCAGAAUUCAGCAAUAUGCCUGUGCUGAUCUAGACCAAUAAAAGGUGAUCAUUCAUUUUGUCUUUUUAGCUGAAGUCUGUGCUGAGGCCAGUGAAGUCAAAUGCAGAGACAGUCUGUAAGCCACGUGGAGCUAGCCUUGUAGAAACCUGUUCCCACCGGACGGAGGCCACGAAGUCCCUUUCCGGGCAGGACAUCUCUCUCAAAGAGGCCACGAGGUCCACAUCAGCACCUAGCAAGAGAAGGCGAUACAGUAGGGAUGUGUCUGAUGGCAAAGAGCAUCUUGGCAACCUCCCUGGCAGAGGCAGUUCUAGCCUUCUUCCAGAGGUGCAAUAUCUUAAGCCUGGCAGUGUUACCACACCGCACACAUCCUCAGAAUUAACAACAAAGGAGUGGAAGCAAGUAUGCCAAAGCUGUAUAUAAGAGUCUUUCCCCUCCUCCACAAAUAUUGGCUAUUAAAAUGUUAACAUUUGAGAAAUAAUUUUAAAAACAAACCAACUCGGAAACAAGCUUUUGAGAUAAUGUAAUGGGCAUGCUAAUUACUUUAAUAUCAAAUUAUAGUUGCUAGAAGCUUGCAGACAAAACAAAAUGGCUGGUUUGUCAAGUCAGUAUGUGAGCGCUUAAAUGAACACCCAUUCAUGCUUUGAGGAUGAUGUUGGGCUGAAUCAAAAGGGUAUAAGGGUCCGAGUUCCUUCACAGAAUGGGUUCUCCAAUGGUAUACUCUAUAGGUGUGCUCCCCCUCUCUCAUCAUGUGAGGGGUGAUUGUUUGAACACCCCUUAUAUAAAACACAGUCUGAGUUUAGUAUUCCCCCGGCCCUCACCCUCAAUCCUCUUUCAUCUACCUUUGCCUUUUUGAAUACUUCCUUUAGCUCCCUUGCCUCAGGGCUCCUUGCACUUUAGUUUCCUUGCCACCUGGAAUCCCUUCUCAGAUACCAAGGCACUUCCUGACCAUCACUGUUGAGAUCCAGUCACAUGUUGGCAAAUUCAGGCUGCACAACAAACUGCCUUCCCCAAGAGAUCAGAAUUUUUGCAAUAAGGAAAAUACUGUAGUGGGAAAGGCCCUUGUUUUGAUGUAAGGUCAUCUAAUCUCCCCACAUACAAACUAGAACGAAUGUUUAUUGAAUUUCCAGUGUUGUCUAAUCUUCCUAUGAACAAAUUAGGACAUAUGCUUAGCAAACAGGUUUGUCUUGAUGCCCCCCUCAGGCAACCUCCCCCAAAUCCAAAGACUUUGUAAAGUUUAACUGCAGCCAAACAGAUAUCUUUUCCUUUCCCUCAGAGACACUGAACUGCAAACAUUCCUUAUGUGAGCCAACAUUCUGUGCCACCAUACCAACUUACCUAUUCAGUGUCAUAAGGUUUUACCACCACUAGUACAAUAAAAUUAUAUUGUUUUGAACUAAACCCAGUUAGGAUCCUCACAUCCCGAUGAUUCAUAUUUCUUUCUAAGGGUUUUAUUCAACAUAGUGCUGUCACAACAAGGGUUUCCAAUAGGGCAAUGUGACUUUCCAGUCUUAGGAGUUCCCCCAAGCCUCUGGAGUAGAUUUAGGGAGAGUAUAGGGAGAGGACAGGGAGGGAGUCCCAUUACAUGCUGUGAUGGGAUGACCUUGUAGAUACCCGCCAAACUCUGCUUUUUAUUAUUUACCUUACUCCAGCGAUGGAUGGUCACUAGCAUUUUGUUUAAUUGCUAUUGAAAGGUGGUGGAUAUUCUCUGGAGUGACCCGAAACAUCAGAAUGGAUGCACACCAAACAAAUUUCGAGGAGGAGGUUGUUACUUCGGACCAGAUGUUACUGCCAGGUUGCUAAGACGUUAUAAUUUGAAAAUGCUCAUCCGGUCUCACGAAUGCAAGCAGGAUGGGUAUGAGAUCAGUCAUAAUGGAAAGGUAACCAGAAAUUUACAGAUUAAAUUUCAGAGUCUUCACAGCUUCAUUUAUUGUAAGUCUCUCGGCUUUUCUGAGUAAGGCAGGAGCUUCUGUCUGCCAGAUACAAGUCACUAACCAUAUUUGUGUGGUACUUGUGAUCAGCACAGAGUCUUUGUCAUCUACUAGGCCCCAUUUGCAGUAUACAUUGAAGGCAGUCUUAUACCACUUUGACUUCCACAUAAAUAAUCCUGGGAACUGUAGUUUAAGGGUGCUGAGAGUUGCCAGCCACGCCUAAUUUUUGUCUUCACCGCUCCCUCCUUAUUUUCCACUGAGCCAUUUCAUGGCUCAAUCAUGGGCACCAAUCCAUACUUCAUUAAAUGGCUUGGGAGAUCAUCUACAGGAGUGUCAUUGGUUGUCCCGUGAGUUGGUGAGGCUCAUUUGGCAUCAACACAAAAUAAUAGACUCUUCAGUGUCAUUGGCCCAGCCUUGUGCACUACUCGGCCAGUAGAGCUUCAACAGGUGUUUCAGCCUUUAAAUGCAAGCUGAGAACUUUCCUAUCCCACUAGGCUUAUGCAGGCAAUACAGUAUGCAUCUUUCCAAAAUAGCUGAUAAUAAUCUGAUUUGAAUUUUUAUUAUAUAUAGAUCUUACUGUCAACCUCUUUGAUAUUUUUUAUGAUAUAGUGGUAUAUGAAUAUCUGUAUGUAUAAAUAAAUAAAUAAAGUACUUGGAAUAUAAAGAAGGCUGAUCGCUGAAGAAUUGAUGCUUUUGAAUUAUGGUGCUGGAGGAGACUCUUGAGAGUUUCUGCUGGACUGUUUUCUCCAGUGUCCUAGAGAAAGACAAUGUGCCCAGUACUUGAAUUAAGGUUUUGUUUUGUUUUGUUAAAGGCUGUUGCACAAAGAGACUCAUGACCCUGGAUGUAAUCUCGAAUACAAAGAACAUUUCAGUUUCCUAGUAUCAGCCAUGGAAAGGGUGCUUUCAUUCACAAUAUUAGCCUUUGUCAUACUUAACACAUAUUGCUUCGUUCAGUCUACAACUUGUUUAAAAUCUUGCCAGAUCAAGCUUGAAAUCCUCAUUACUUAAAUUGCAUUUUUGUUUCCUUUUAAAAAACCAGGUUAUCACUAUUUUUUCUGCUUCAAACUACUAUGCAGAGGGAAGUAAUCGCGGUGCUUACAUCAAACUAAACCCAGAUCUGAUCCCUCGUUUUGUUCAGUAUCAAGUCAGCAAAUCUACACGCAAAGAGACUCUUCAUCAGAGGUAGGAUAAGGAGAACACACAUAUUAGUUUUUAAAGAUUUAUGAACAGAACUGAAAAUGCAAAACUGUCCCCAAUGCUCUGGCCCACCACCAGUGGUCACUGAGCUUCAUUCAUGGCAGCUGGUGUGGAUUUGUGGUUGAAGAUGGGAGACAGCACAUCCAUGAUAUUAAAUAGUCAAAUUUAUUUUUAACUGUAUUGUUAAUGCUUCUUUUAUUUUUAUGUUGCAUUACAGUCUGAAUUCUAUGGAAUUGCAAUUUAUACAAUGGGCAGAAAAAUCAUUAAAUGGUCUGCCAAGACCCUCAGCAGUUUUAAAGUAGUUCAUGGUUUGGGAGCUACUCUUCCAAAGUAAAGAAAGUUGACAGAGGAAGUUAGUAAAUGCUGAGUUGCUGUUAAACAGCUCAGGAGAGAUUUUUUGAUUCUUUAACUGUUCAUUCUAAUCACUUUCUUCCCUUGUAGGGUGACUGCAAUUGAGCUAUCUGCUUUGAGGUGCUUGCGAGAGAAACUUUACACACACAAAUCGGAACUGAUUGCUGCUUUUAGACAGUACGAUCCAAAUUAUACAGGUAACACAAUUUGAAAGCAGCACUUCGCAGUUGCUCCAUUUCAAUGUAAUGUAAAUGACUGUAUUUAUGAUGGAUCAGUGGGAAAUAGAAGGCAAAUCAACAGAAAGCAGAGGUUGGAAGCAGAUGCAUAGAGUUUGUAAGAGAAGGACAAAAGUGGCAGCCCCCCCCCAAAGAUUUGCAUUUCUUUUUUUAAAAAAUAAUUUUUAUUAACCAACCAAUCAAAUCAAAUAAAAUCACAUCACAUAAAUUCCGAAUUACAAAGCCAAAUUUAAAAUUUUUGUUGAGGGGACCCAUAUUUCAAGUUCCGAAAGGGGAUUCCGAUCAUCUUCUUGCUACUGCGUUAAUAUCCAAAUCAGUCCAAAUAAUGUUCAUAAUUCUAUCCAGUCUUAUAUUGCUGUUUCCACAUCUCAUCUUAUUCGUAUAUUUUUUUAUUUUUUUCUUUAUGAUCUCUUCUGAUAAUCUCCUUAAGCAGAUAAACACCAAUUAUAAUCCUGUGUGAAUUUUUCCGUUCAACCAAUCCUCAUAUCAAGAUGGUUUCCAUAUAUCAUCGCUUUCAUAAAUAACAUCGCUCUUUCCAUCAUUAAUCUUACAAAUCUGUCGCUCAUAAGUCCCUCUGAGGAGUCUCACCCACAAUAUAAAAACAGCUCUAUUCCUCUUCCCAGACUUAAGUCUUCCGACAGAACUUGCCAACAUGGCAACGGUAUUUUUAACUGCGUCAUUCCAAAGCUCUUAUACUUUCCACGAUCUUCUUGAAACAUGCUUUGGUUAGGAAAUUAUCUCCACACAGUCAUAAAUCCACAGCUUAAGUCAUUAAAACGGCAUUUCUGACUUGGGGGGGGGGGGAUUCUUGGUUAAUCACAUAGAGGAAAGAAAGGAAAGUUUUUUCCCCCCUCCCCCAUCCAGUCCCUUUGCCAUACCGAGCCUUGGUUAUCUUCUCAUGAUUUAUUCUUGUUCCUCCAACCUGUCUUGUUUAUCAGAGAUCUCUUCAGUUAGCAGUCUUUACUCCCCCUCCUUCCUUGAAAUAUGUGCUUUCGCUUCCUCCUAAUUGUUUCUUUUGAAGUUACUGCAGCUAGGGGCGCGGACCAGAGACAGCGUCCAGGAGCGCCGAGAUCCACAGGAGGGCUUUCUGCCUAGUGCCCCCAUCCCCACAAAUUUGGGGGUGGUAUAGGGCACAGCAGGCAAGGGCAGCCCCCCCCCACAACCUUGGGGGGGGUAGGGAGGCUAUUUACUCCCAUCACAGCCUCCUAAUUACCUUGUGUGGGUCGGAGAGAUGUUAUUGUCAGCCAUCUUCCGAUGCGCCCCUAGUGGCCCCUCCAAAGAUUUGCAUUUCAGCAAUACUGACAAUUAGGUAGCUGAGAAUGGUGGGUUACAUCAAAGGAUGUAUAACAAUGGACAAUGCUGCCCAAGACAUUCUGCCACCUGAAGUACAGCCCAACAAUGCUCAACACCACCACCCCUGCACUGAAAGCCAACACUAUUCAUUUACACCAAUUUCUGCCUUCAUCUAUUCCCCCUCGCCCUGUAAUGCUAUCUGAAGAAGGUUGUGUCUGGCCUAGCCCUUAUGAUGAAAACCCAAGCAACUCCUAAAGGUUUCUAAUCAGACAAGAAAAUAGCAAAUGGGGUUUAAUAAGUGAGAAACUGGAGUUCAAAAAGGUCGGUGGGAAACAUUUGGACAUAUAUUUGAAGGCUACACACUUUUUUUGAUUGGCUACACACUUUUUCUUAGCAGGUAGCCAACUUUUAACAUCUGCUGCCAGAAAAUAAGGGAAGUAGUCUCUGAUAGUAGAGGUUUUGUAAUUGUGAUUGGAGUUUCCAGAUAAGCAUCUUUAAAAGAAAAAAUGUCUGGGACCGGUAUCUUUUAGAUAAGUACUGGAAAUUGCACAGAUGGCAUCAGUGAAAUAAAGUCUGUCCAUCAGCUGAGGGAUUGGUGCCCUCUAUAUGCAAUUUAGUCUAAUUACAUGGACAAUCAUAGCCAGAUCCAGAAUCCACUCUGCUAAUCCUGGGAGCUGCAGGAUGUUCAGCUUGUGUACAUGAAUGGAACCCUUUCAUGUACACAAGAAAAAUUUGGAUAUUAAGCUACCCUCUUGAGUGAGGUGGCAAUUCUUGAAGGCAUCAGAGCUCCUCCCCCCACAUGUGUUUUGCAGUACACAUAUGCAAGAAUUUUUUUUUAUUAGAGAAUUAAUUUUUCAGUUUGCAGUGCGAUCUUUUGAAGUGAGCAAGUUUCUCGUUAAUAUCUUAUGCAUCUCUGAUGUAAAAAAGAUAGAUAAUAUUAUGAACCGCCCCCCUGGCAGGCUCCAAUCUGAUGUCCUUAAAAUAAGUGAUUGCUUUGAUCUCAAAUCAUGUUCAUCUAGGCAUAUCAGAUGGAAUGAAUUCUGUUGCAAUUCCUCAGCUUGCAUUUCAGAUGGAUAAGACAUUUCUUGUCUUGCAUCUUUUAAAAGAAGUUAACUUGCAGAUCUUCACAAAAGGAAAGUAUCCCAAGAAAGUCUCUCUGGGCAGUGGUGGGGAGCAACAUGGGAUGGGGAUAUGUGCGGGAACAGCCAAAAUUAGGCUGGGAUUCAAAGAUGGUAGGUUAAGGAUGUUCAUGGCAGGAGAGUUUGCAGUCUUUUCUCUCCACCCAUGUCCCAUUCCAUGUUGUUCAGCAAGACCCAUAUGGCUCCAGAGAAGGUUCUCAGGGAGAUGGUGUGGUGAACCAGGACAUAAAAAUUGCCUUCUGUACAUUACCUUGUUAGGAUCCAAGCCGUUGAGUUUUGCAAUUUAUUUUAAAUUAACAGUUUUAACAUUGUUAUUUCAGUGUGCAGAACUCUAGAACUUCUCCUGCAAUCAUAUAAUCUAUUCUCAGCGUAGUGACUCAAUAAGAAAUGCACCUUCUUCCUUUUGACCAUAAAAUGCUCUUUGUUUGUUUAUUUUUGACAGGAAAGAUUUCUCCUGGUGAGUGGGCUUCAGCAGUGGAGUCUGUCUUAUGUCUCGAUCUUCCCUGGAGAACAUUACGUUCACGGCUGGUUUACCUGGACCAGGAUGGUAGAGUUGAAUACCUUUCAUCUUUUGACAAUUUUGAAAUCCAGCUACCCAUCAAAGAGGUGAGAUAGUUUAGGAAACAGCUGACCUUCACAGCCUUGUUAAGAUGUUUUACAAUAAGAUCUUGUAAUAGCACUUAAUUCUAUUUAGAUUCUUGGGGGGGGGGGAUCUUGUUUGAAAGCCUUUCUUGUUUAUAAAAAUGCAUCCCAGCUGCAAUCCGCUAGCUGCUAUACUGGGAGUGAGGUCCUUUGAACACAAUGAUAUUUUCUUCUAAGAAGACAUUUUAAGGGUACGGUGUCAGUGAAUUUGUUGUUUUUCCUCUGAAGUGGCCGAGCAGACUUGGGGUGCCAUUGGUAAUUAUGUAAAAUGAAUGUGCUGCUGACCUGUACUGUACUGUGGCCAGUAAUAGUGUUGUCUUCUAGGAUGUGGCAAACAUAACUCUGGCCUAUUGGAGUCGAUGGCAAAAAUUCUAUUGACUGGCAAUAGACUCACAAUCCUUAGAUUUAAAUAAAUUAGUAGAAUGCAAGAAACCCAACAAACUAGUAGAAGGCAUGGUCCCCAUCCAGAUGUGAAUUUUUAUUUGUGUUUGCACAUUGUGAAGUUUGCAAUGCCAGUUUAGGCAAUACUGCACAUUGCAACUUUACUGGGAUGAUUAAAAGAGGUAGAGAUACUUAUUUUGGUAGCCAAAUUAAAGCUACUGAAUAUUAAAUGUGUUAGAAAAGUUUGCAGUAUCUCUUAGUCAACUGGUUUCUUACCAAGCAGGAGUGUGAAACUCUGUAAGGGGAAAAAAUUGGCUGGUGUUUUCAAGCACAUAUAAAAUACAUGCUUCUAGAAAAAUGGUGUUUCUAGAAUGAAUUUUCAUCUAUAUCAACCCAAAAUCUAUAUCCUGCUGUCUUGUCUGGUUAUUUCAUUACACUGGGAGUGACCAGGCCACAGGGCUUUGGAACUCAACAAAUUUUCAACUAAUGAAGAUAUAGUAUUUCUGUAAGGGGUGAAGAGGCCAUCACUAUUACCAGAUGCUAUUCCUAGCAGCUCAGAGGUAGUGAGCAAUGAGGAGGUCCCCCCCCCCCGCCACUGCCUGAUAUUGAACCUAGACCUGAAACCUUUGGCCCUCCAGGGCAUGCUGAACUACAACUCCCAGGAGCACCAGCAAACAUGCCCAAUGGUUAGGGAUGAUGGGAAUUAUAAUUAAGCACAUUCUGAGGGGCCAAAGUCUCCCCACAACUGAUGUAUAGACGCAUUAGUUGAUGUGAUAUAUGUACAAAUGCUUUCAUUAAAAUAAUAAUAGCACAGCUCAUGAAAUUGUUUGCUGUGUAAUAGUUUCAUAGAUUGGGUAUAUUCUGAUUUCUGAUAAAACAUUUUUCAGGUCCAGCCAUUUUUGGUGGAAACCCUGUGUAGAUACAAAGCUGAUCUGGAGAUUAUCUUUAAUAUGAUUGACAAAGAUCAUUCAGGUAUGUUAAAAUCCAGUUCCUCAAAGUGGUGCAUUUCAAGUUAACAUAGAUGGGGGGGAAUUUGAGGGAUAUUUGUAGAAGCCGCUUGAUUUUCAUCAGUAUUAAAAACAGUGGAUAUGUGUGGGAACAAGGCGACUGAAAACUAGAGACAUUUGUUGUCCUCCCUGGCUAGGUAUUGUGUACCAACGUACUGAUUUGUCCCUCUAGAUCAGUGUUCAGCAAACUUUUUCAGCAGGGCGCCAGUCCACUGUCCCUCAGACCUUGUGGGGGACUGGACUAUAUUGUGAAGGGAAGAAAUGAACGAAUUCCUAUGCCCCAUAAAUAACUCAGAGAAGCAUUUUAAAGGACACAUUUUACUCAUGUAAAAAUACGCUGAUUUCCGGACCGUCCAUGGGCCGGAUUGAGAAGGCGAUUGGGCCAGAUUCAGUCCCCGGGCCUUAGUUUGCCUACCUGUGCUCUAGAUAGGAGGCAGGUAUACCAUUUAACCAGGGAGUGGGUGGUUCUUCCAGUAUUUCAGACCAUAAGUGACUAUGGUUUUGCUUCUUCUCAUGUCCCCAUGUUGGUUCUGUACUCUGAGGGCUGGUUCAUGGUUGUACUGACCAUUGAGAUUGGUAUAGCUAAGUACACACACACACACUCCCAUUUCCUGGUCUUAGCCUGUACAAUGAUUUGGUUUGGACAGCGAUGUGAACAUUUUUGGGCACAUCUACACAACAGUUAAUUGAAGUAGUCUGUUUAUUAUCCAAAAGAAUUGCAGCCAAGGCUUGUUAUAAGAUGCCUAGGUGCCCUAAAUUCAAGUCCAGAGGCUUCUUACAUUUCCAAUUAUCUCCCACAGAUAAUGUGUGUGUUCAUGUUUGUGUGUGUGUGCAGUACUUUCAGUGACAUACCCCUUCCUUCCAAUUCUUUUUAGGUCUUAUCUCUGUUGAUGAGUUCCGUCAGACAUGGAAGCUCUUCAAUUUGCAUCUGAGAAUCAAUGUGGAUGAUGAAUCCAUUGACAGCUUAGCCCGUAGCAUUGAUUUCAACAAAGAUGGUAGCAUUGACUUCAAUGAAUUUCUGGAAGCUUUUAAUGUGGUCCAUAAAUUUGGGAAUAAGUACAAUCACUAA